AGAUGAAUGCAUUGAACGCGCUCAAUGUUGACUGUCACAAAUGACAGGCAACCAACAAGCAUUGUAUAUUCUGACAAUUGUAUCCAUGUGACAAUUAACUCUAACCGUAUUUCACCAUAAUAUCAAUAAGAAUUGUAUUUUAGUGGUGAUGAUGUUGGGUCGAUUUGCUGUUCGUGGCUUCUCCGUUCUUUCGCCGUACGUGCAGAAACAAAGACAUACUGUGAAUUUUGUGCCAGUUUUUCGUUUAUUGAGUCAAACACCGACAUUCAAUGUUUCAAUACAAAAGGAUGACAAGGAUUCAGAUUUGCUCUUUGAUUUGGGUGGCACAUCAAAUCCGGACAAUAAAACCAAAUCCAAAAAUGCGAACAAAUCUAAAACAAAAACAAAGCCCGACGGAAAUGUGCGAAAAGGCAAGAGUGAACCGAGAUUGGCAAAUAAGAAAAACGUAAAAACCGAGAAAAAAGAAAAAUUACCGAAAAUAAAAAAAGAUCGAUCAUUCGAGCAAUUGAAAUAUCAUGAUAUUGGAUUGAAUUUAACAUAUGUGAAAUUACCGUUUCAACAUCCUGGAUUGGAGAAUUUAAUGCUUAUGCUGAAAUCGCGUAAAUACCGAAACCAAAAGAAUUUGUUGUUGAUCGAAGGACGACGAUUAACAUUGGAAGCAAUUGAAGCGGGCUUGAAAUUGAAAUACGUAUUCUUUAGCCAUUUAAAACAAAUUGAAACGAUACGAGAUCAUAUUGAACCGGCAUUUAUGAAAGAUACGGAAAUACUUCGUGUGCCACACAAUGAUUUAACGUAUUGGUCAACGUUGACCACAUGCCCCGGACUGAUAACAGUGUUUGAAAAGCCAACAGAUAUGCAAGAAAUUUGGGAUAAUGUUGUUCGAAAUAAAUUGAUAAAAUUAAAAUCAAACAAACAACAGCAAAGCGUUGAACAAACAACGGAAUGGUCUGAAUUGAAUGAAAUGCUUGAUUCAGAUCUAUUUGAUCCGGUACCAAUUACAGUAAUUUGCGAUCAAGUUCGUGAGCCAAAUAAUUUAGGUGGUAUUAUUCGAACAUGUGCUUCAAUUCCAUGCACAAAAAUCAUUUUGUUGAAAGGUUGUGCCGACCCAUGGGAUAUCAAAGCUUUACGCGGUGGUUGCGGUGCACAAUUUCGCAUUGAAAUCGUUGGGCCGGUGGAAUGGGAAGACUUACCACAACUUUUACCCAAAACUGAUGAGGUUUCGGUUUUUAUUGCUGACAAUCGGGUGCAAGAGGAUAGUACAACAUUACCGUUCGAUGAAUCGGAUCAAAAGCGUAAAGAAAAAAUGGUGAAAUACAUUAAACCCAAAGUUUAUAGUGAUAUACCGUUUUCCAAUUGCAAGCACAUCGCAUUAGUAAUCGGCGGUGAAACAGAGGGAGUUAGUAGUCAUGCAUUGGAUUUUAUGAAAUUUGUUACCUCGCACACAAAAUCUACAACAGCAACAGCAGCCGCAGCAGAAACAGAAGAGACAACAUCAACAGAAGCAUCCACAAACACGGUGGAAAAUGACAUUACAAAUGAAACAAAUCCAGAAAAUAUUCGACCCGAUAAUGCGGUUGUGAAAAUACCAUUGGGCAACGGCGUUGAAAGUCUCAACGCAAGCGUUGCGACGGCGAUUCUUUUAUUUGAAAUGCGAAAACAGUUGAUAAAAUAAAUUAAAUAAAUUGUAUACUUAGUGGUUUAUACGAAAAAAAUAAAAUGUUAUAUUGUAAAA